AAUUCGAGAACGAGAUCCCCAGCUAGAAAAAUGGCCGAGAGUACGUGUUCUAGUUCUUUAGAGCUGAGCAAACUAGAACCCAGGAGCACUGAUUGUGAUUAUGAUAACUUUGAAGAUCUACAGGGUGAAGAGGUUGAGCUAGCAAAGAGAGAUGCUACUGCUGAUAGUACUGGGUUAGGACGGCUCCUCUUUAGGGGAGUGACUGGAGCUGUUGGUGCUGUGGCUUCUCUUGGUGCGUUUGGACAGAAGAAUGGACCAAAAGGCGCUACAAAAAUUAAAGAACCUCAAUCACACAGACAAACAACCGCGGAAAAGCGAACCGGACCUCAACUACACGGAGAAACUGACCUUUUGGAUGUUGCCUUUCAGCAUUCAGCAGAGCUAUUACAGAAGAACGCUGAACUCACAAAGCGUUUGUCAAAUUAUGAAACAAAGAAGAAGCAAGAAAUUAAUGAUUUCACAGCACAUUUGAAAGAGUUGAAACGUGCUGUGACAGUAUUGAACAGAGAUUGUGAGAAAAAGGACAAAAAGAUUGCAGAGAUGAAAACGUUGGUUCAAAAACUCUCUGACAAGAAGCGAGAUGGGUCAUCAGAACUUGCAAGGGCUCUCCAUGAAAAAGAUACCCAAAUUGAAGCGUUAGCACAAUUACUUCAAACAGAAAAAGUCAAACUCAGGGUUACUUGUACCGAGGUAAAAGAAAAGCAAAAGGAAUCUGAAGAGUACAAGAAACAAACUCAAGAACUUUCCAACGAACUAAAGAAAUAUAAUCGUGUGGAUAUUACCUUUGAUAAAGACAUUAUUAGCGAUUCGGGUGCUACUCACGACACAAUCCAUACACCCCAAGAUAAAGAGGUGCAAGAAUUAAAUGAAGCAAUACAGUCAGAGCCAACAGAAUCACCUGGUGAAUCAGUUGCAUUGGAGAAAGUAGACCAGUUACAAGAAGCACUUCGAGAGAAAGAAAUGCAAUUAGCCAAUCCAGAAAAUCAACUGAAAGAGUAUGAAGCUAAGGUGCUUGAAAUGGAGCAGGUCAGAGAUCACUCAAAGAGUCAGAGCAAGGCUAUGCUGGUAGUGAAACAAGAGCUGGAUGCAACCAAGAUGUCGCCUGAUGAUCUUGUGCAAUACAUUGGCUCCAUGGAAUGUCAGGUGGCUGAUACAGAGACCCACUGUCGUAAACUCGAGGCUCAACUCAAUGGUGCCAGAGAAGAUUACGACAUUGCACAGCAAGCAUUGAGGGACACUAGGGAAGGUUUAGAGGCUGAGCUUGAAAGUGUUAGAGAGACCCACUGUAAGUUGUCGACUUCCAAGAGUUCAAUGGAGGCUAAACUAUUUCAGGCCCUAGACAAUUUAUCUGUCGAGAAAGAAGCAUUCGUACAGGAGCGAGCAGUUCUGAAACAAGAGAUUGUUGACCUUCACGAUAAGCUGGCAAUCACCACAGCAGAGGCUGAGCUGUACAAAGAAGACUUUGAGAGUGAGCGGAAAGAUAGGGAAAAAAUCACGAUCUUAGAGAAGAGAUGAGAUGUAUUUGUGAUGAAAAGGUUCACGCAAUGGCAAAGGAACGACAUGCGUUUGAGGAAUGUAUA